AUGAGAUUCCUGUGCAGAGGAAAAGCUUCGUCUCCAACUAUAAUAUGUGGCAUAGCUGAUAAUGUGCCUGGUGUGGAUUGCAAGAAUCGUUGGAAAACUCUCCGCGAUUGUUAUAGAAAACAUUUAAAACACCUAAUGACAAAGUCUGGACAGACAGCAAAAAAAUGUCUGCAAUACGAGCGAGAAGGAAGCAACGUUCAAUCACCAACAACUUCUAUUAGUGAUGCUGAGCAGGAUAUUAACGAUACCUCAGAAGCUUCCUCUAUAGAACUUACUGUUAGAAGAGAAGCCUCAUCUGGAAGUAGCACCUCUUCAGGUCUAAAACAAAGAAAAAAAACUCCAGCUCAGUUAUCAGCAGCUGCAUUUGAAGAAUGCCAAAGAUCAAAAGAUAAAUCAUCCGAUCACCUCGCUAAAUAUUUCAUGAGUGUUGAGGAAACAGUAAGAACAUUUCCUCCACAUCUCCAAAUUAAAGUUAAAACUCAAAUUUCUAACAUUUUGCACAACGCAGAUGACGAAGAAUAUGAGGAUAGUUCGGACACAGGCUAUGAAUUGGAAAUUUUAUAUUUAGUUCUAAUGAAUGUUUUCGAAAACAUUCGAAGUGGUGUUACAAUUAAUCGGGCCAGGAUUAAAAGCCAUCAAUGCAUUUCUUGGAAGAAAACCAAUCUCUGCUAA